AUGCCUGUCACCGUCCCCGCCGCCGACUCGCUCCAAGACCUCUUCAGCCUCAAGGGCAAGGUCGUCAUCGUCACGGGCGCCUCUGGGCCGCGCGGAAUGGGCAUCGAAGCCGCACGAGGAUGCGCCGAAAUGGGCGCCAAUAUCGCCCUGACAUACUCAUCUCGCCCGGAAGGUGGCGAGCGCAACGCCAAAGAGCUAUCCGAAAAGCACGGCAUCAAGGCCAGAGCAUACAAAUGCAACAUCGGCAAGUGGGAGGACGUACAACAGCUGGUCGAGAACGUGAUCAAGGAAUUUGGCCAUGUCGACGUGUUCAUCGCCAACGCCGGGCGUACCGCCAACAGUGGCAUUCUCGAGGGCUCUGUCAAGGACUGGGAGGAAGUCAUUCAGACGGAUCUGACGGGCACAUUCCACUGCGCAAAGGCGAUUGGACCGCACUUUAAGGAGCGUGGCAAGGGUAGCUUGGUUAUUACGGCCAGCAUGUCCGGCCAUAUCGCCAACUUUCCGCAGGAGCAGACUUCGUAUAAUGUUGCCAAGGCUGGGUGUAUUCAUUUCGCCAAGUCGUUGGCCAACGAGUGGCGCGACUUUGCCCGUGUCAACUCUAUUUCUCCGGGCUAUAUCGACACUGGCUUGUCCGACUUUGUCGCGCAGGAUAUUCAGGACCUGUGGAAUUCCAUGAUUCCGCUGGGACGCAAUGGACAGGCAAAAGAGUUGAAGGGGGCAUAUGUGUAUUUGGCAAGUGACGCUAGUUCGUACACCACUGGAGCAGAUAUUAUCAUUGAUGGAGGAUACAAUGUGCGAUAA